AUGCCGCACGAUCUCAAAUUUGAUUCCAGAGGAGAAGAAGGGUUGACGAAGAUGCAACAAGGACUGAAGUCGAAACUUGACGGUGCUCGUUUCAGGCGAAGAUGUUUUGCUGAUGGAAGAUGGAUAAAUGAACAACUGUAUUCUAGUCGUUCGACCGAUGCGGUGGAGAUGAUGAGUCGUGAUCCUAAGAUAUUCUCUGAUUAUCAUCUCUCCCAUCGGUCUCUUACCGCCGCGUGGCCUUCUCCUCCCUUACCUGCUAUCAUCUCCCGUCUUCGACCUCUACCACCCCGAACCGUCAUCGUCGAUCUUGGAUGUGGUGAAGCUGGUCUAGCUAAAGCUUUGGUACCAGAAGGCAAGACAGUCCUCUCCUACGAUCUAGUUGGAGACGUACACAAUACUUCGGGGGAAGGAUGGGUCGUAGAGGCUGAUUUUCUCGAAGGGAUUCCUCUACCCGGUCGUUCCGGUGGGAUAAUCUCUGAGCCUGGAUCCUCCGUAGCGCAUGCCGACGAAAUCGCAUCUGGCAAGAAGAACAAGAAAAAAAGAAAGUUGGAUGGGAGUGAGAGCACAAGUGAAAUUGUCGAUGUGGUCGUUUGUUGUCUUAGUUUGAUGGGACUCAACUGGCUUGGAGGGAUAUAUGAAGCGUGUAGAAUAUUGAAGAAAGGAGGUCAAUUACAUAUAGCAGAAGUCACCUCUAGAUUCGUAUCGACCGAAUCAUUCAUCGAAGCCAUUCAAUCUUUUGGCUUUUCUCUCGUGUCCCAAGAAUCCCCAUCAACUCAUUUUACCCUGUUCGAAUUCGUCAAAACCUCUGACGUGCCUCAAGGUCCCGCUCGAGGUCAAGUAGGUUGGGAAGAAAGGAUCAAGAAAGGAGAGAAUAUUCUCAGAGGGUGCGUGUACAAAAAACGAUGA